UGAUUCUCCCCCCUCUGUUAACUCUACUUCUGAAUCACUCCAUUCUCUCACCCGAAUCGAAUCAAUCUGCUCCUCCCCCGUCAAUCGCGGCUGCCAAAUUUCCAUUUUUCUGCAACUUCAUCGCCUUCUGAUACCAAUUCCUAGAUAGUGAGAUGGCCGGAGAAGGAUCGGUGUUCGCUCCGUCACUGGAAGGGAUGAAGCAUGUCAAGUCGGAGAAAGAGGAAAUGCUCACCAAGCCUUUUCUGGAUGUCUGCAAAUUGAUCCUCCCCGUGAUCGAUAAGUUUGGAGCUGCUUUGGCCAUUGUGAAAUCUGAUAUUGGCGGCAAUAUCACUAGGUUGGAAACCAAGUAUUCAACUGAUCCAACUAAAUACAAGCUCUUAUACAGUAUGGUUCAAGAGGAGGUUCAAGCCAAAACAGCCAAAGGAUCAUCUAGUUGUACUAAUGGUCUACUUUGGUUAACCAGAGCUAUGGAUUUCCUGGUGGAAUUGUUCCGCAAUUUGCUUACACAUCAAGAUUGGACAAUGAGCCAAGCCUGUACAGAUUCAUACAGCAAGACUCUGAAAAAGUUCCAUGGCUGGCUUGCUAGUUCGAGUUUCUCCGUUGCAAUGAAGCUUGCUCCUGACAGGAAGAAGUUCAUGGAUGUGAUAUCUGGAAAGGGUGACAUCAAUGCUGACAUAGAUAGCUUCUGUUCAACCUUUUCCCCAUUCCUUGCAGAGAAUCACAAGUUCCUGGCUAGUGUUGGUAUGGAUGACCUCAAGGCUUCCUAGAUUUGCUCUGGCAAAGCAAGAAAACGAUAUGGUUGAAGCAUGAGUGACUUGAUUUACUUGCACCAUUUCUCUAUUUUUUUCCCCCUUUUAUCGUGGAGAGUGUUCAAGUUAGAUGCUUUGGAUCACAUGUUACACCACAACACAGCGUUUCCCUAACUUAGCUUCAUCCUUGCUGGUAUAUGAUGAGGGUCACUGAUAACUGAAUACUGUUGGCUUCAGUUGAUUAUUAUCAGAUAUCUAUCUUUGAAAAUUCUUCCGUCCCAUAGUCCAUUUUAAAUAUUUGUAAAUAUUUUCGAGCUA